CUCCAGUUCGCAUGCUUGCUGCUUUUAUUAAGAAAAUAUACAAUUUGUACUUUUAAAUCUGUAGAAAAGCAAAUAAAAUCUCCACACAACCUUGAGCCACAAAAACAUUAAUUGAAUUGUACUAUGAUUAGACUGUUUUUGUACGUCUCACCCCCAUUUCGAAAUAAGCUAAUUUGAGGAUUAAAUAAAUGGUGUAAAUUGUACUUUAAAAAUCUUUGAAAGUACAAAAAAAAAUCCCAGAGCAAGUCUUGAGCCACACAAACAUUACAUGCACUAUACUAUCUUUACAUUACACCACAAUCCCAAUUUAAAGAUUAACUGGGAAAUUAUCCCUUGGUUAAUACCCCUUUGGCAGAAACUGUUCUCUCCCCGGCCACUAUAAAUACCCAAGUGAAGGAUUUUCUAGACACACCACAAACGAGCAAUUCCAGAUUUAGAGUUUAAACUAAACAAUGGCAGGUUCAUCUACAACGGGGAUGUGGUCUAUGAUCGAGGACAUUGAUCACACCAAGUCUACCUGGGCUCUGAAGGUUAGGGUUGUAAGGGCUUAUGAGGUGCCUCCUCACUCAAAAAGAAGGGGAGACCCUCGAGAUGGUUUUGCAUGACGCCGAGGGAGAUCGGAUUCAUGCAAUAAUCAAGAGACCACAGAUUUCCAUGCACAAGACUAUAAUAACUGAGCACAAGAUCUAUGCUAUAAGGAACUUCUUAGUUCUAGACAAUUACCAAACAGUGAAGACCACAAAUCAUCCCUACCUGAUUCAGUUCAUCUCUAAAACCCAAUUCAGGGAGGAUACGAAGACAGAAUUGCCUAUGAUGGUCUACGAUUUCCAUCCUUUCGAUAUGCUGCACGCCCAAAGGGUUAUCAACGACAAAACUCUCAUUGAUAUCAUUGGGAAGGUUAUCAAUAAAAGCAUUGUUCAAACCCAUAUCAUCAAUGGGAAGACAGAAAGGCUAAUGGAGCUAACUGUGGCAGACCCAGAGGGAAACAGACUAGACUGUGUUCUAUGGAACAAAUAUAUAAACCAGUAUCAGGAUUAUGUUAAUGAGAACCCUGGAAUUGCUGUUUUUGUGAUAUUUCAACUGUGUAGACCCAAAAGAUAUCAAGGCACCCUAAGUGUGGCUUCAUCUUUUGAUGUGUCCAAACUCAUCAUCAAUGGAAACACAACCGAAUUCUUAGAGUUCCAGAGCGAAUUUCCGGCGGAUGGUGAUGACUCCAUAUCUCAAACAUGCAACACAAACUGCUCACAAGGUGAAGGGAGUAGGGAUGUGCUUAGUGGUCAUGCUGUCAUAACCACUAUGGAGGAUUUGAUGAAUGUAACUGAGGAGGAGAUUUACUGGGUGCUUGGUGAGAUAGUUUCUAUCAAAAAUACUCGGGAGUGGUGCUACCUAAGCUGCACAAAAAAUUGGUACCGGAGGAGGAGAGGUUCAGGUGUUCUACUUGCAGCGUGACACUAGGAGAAGGAGUCUACCGUUACAAGGUCAGUGUGUGCAUCAUGGACAACACCGGGCACGGAAAUUUUAUUCUAUGGGAUAGGGAAUGUAUUGAGAUUCUGGGGAAAACUUCUGCAUCCCUAAUGGCUGAGGUCCAAAAGAAAACAGGUGAUCCAACCCGUUUUCCAGAAGAUAUUGAAAGCUUGAUUGACAAAAAGGGAAUAUUCAAAAUAUAGCUAAAGAAGAGAGGUGAAGAGAAUGCCUAUAAAGGUAGUGUUUCCCUUGGAGUUGUUAGUAUGAUUCGAGAUCCUAAUGUGCUGGCAAUGUAUGAAGGAAAUCAUGAGCAAUUGGUAUCAAAUGAAAGCCAUGAGUGUACUCCCGAGAAGAUUGGUUCAUGUUCAAACUUGGAAGGAAACGACAACUCGAUAAGAGAGAAGUCUUCUGUUACUAAGGGCAAGGGAAAACGGAUUUCAGCUGAGAAGGAGGUUACUGCCCCCAUUGAGCUCUCAGAUUCGCCUGUUGCUUCUACACAAAGAGAGGUGAUUGUUGAAUUGGAUGACGAGAUAAAAAGGAAUCUCAAUGAUGAGUUUUCAGGCAAUGGGAAUGGAAAGAAGCUGAAGAUUAAAAUCAAGCAGGAAAAACUGUAAUUGGGUUUGCAAAGAAGUGAAGAUAACGUUUCGAUGUUUUUGUGGAAACAACUAAUGCGGUGUUGGUUUUUUUGGAAAACUGUAUCAAGGGGCCGUAUGUAUUUUGGAAGUGAAACACUAUGUGUGACAGACUUCAAAUAACCUAUAUUAUGUCUAUAGUGUGGUGUGCUAAUUUGAUGAUGCUAUGUUGUGGAC